AUGAAUUCUACAAAGCAGUAUGUUCCUGGCUUCAAAAUCUUCUUUAACCUGAAGUUGCAAGAUAGUGACGCCAAGGAAAAGACUGAACCAAAUAUUGAUGCUAGACAGAGCAUGGAGAGUGGCUCGAACAACAGUGAGCUUGGAGUAGGGGCAGCACUGGCAUGUCUUCUUUCAGAUCCUCCAGCCGAUUCAGAGAGCUUGGGGGAUAACCUGACCAUCUCCACGAUCGGCGACCAACUGAGUGUGAACCCAUCUAGCAGCAUUUUGGAUGCAUUGGAGGCACCAUCUCUUGUUUGGAAGCUGGAGAAAGGCUACCUUUCUAGUUCUAAAUCGGAUGAUGAGCUAGAAUCUGAUCCCACAGAGUCUGUGGAGUUAGAUUCUGGUUCUUCUGAGGGGUCUGAGUCUAGCAUUCCCGGGGGUGGUAACUCGGAUGCCAAGGUCCUGUCUAUGUCCUCCUUUUCUUUUGCUUUUGAGUUUGUUGUAACCGAAGAGGUAGACCUGUUGAAUGAGAACUCUACAGAUUUUGAGUACUUCUCCAUCAAGGAAAAGGUCACCAAACAGAUCGAAGCACGAUUCAUAUUAGUAUAUGAGUAUCCGACUUGGUUGGCCAACAUCGUCCCAGUACCAAAAAAGGAUGGCAUAAUUCGGGUUUGUGUAGAUUUCCGGGACUUAAACAAAGCUAGUCCAAAAGACGACUUUCCUCUGCCGCACAUUGAUGAGUUGGUAGACUUCACCAUGAGCCAUGUAUUGCUCUCACUCAUGGAUGGAUUUUUCGGGUAUAACCAAAUUUUGAUGGCGCCCGAGGACAGUGAUAAAACCGUUUUCACUAUGUUGUAG